UUCUGUUCACGGCGUUCUCUCUUCCGGCCUUUUGCAUUAUUAUUUAGCGGCAUAUCACCAAUUUCUUCAUCAGGUAUGUAAAUCUUCCCAUAAACCUCAAAAGUAUUGCUCUUCACAUUUUUCGUCAUACCUUCAGAGCUUCUGCUUAGUUUAGGAACCGCGACGAUGAAACUUCGCAGGGCUGCCCCUGUCUAUUUAUUCAGUAUUAGUACCCGGCACGUGGGCCAAAAUAGGUCCUUUGGGGGAGGGUUUUAAGUUGUAACACUUUCAGGGUUCAUUCUAAAAACAUCAGAAUGAAAUUCUUCCCUGAAAUCUGAGUUUCCGUCAUGAGAAGAUAUUCGUACUCUCUGUUGUCUAAGGUUGCUGCUACUCAUCCCAGCAGAAUCGUUUCUGGGUUUUGCUUUAGAGAUUUUGUAUCUGACAUCAAAUCCAUUACACCCAAUAAACAAAAUCAAUCACAACUUUCAGAUACUCAUCAUCAUCGUCAUCACAAACCCUGCUACAGAACCCAUGGAUUAAUUCUUCAGGAAAUCCAUCAAUUUCAGAACAACCCAUGUAGGAAUCUUAGUAGUUUAGUUGACCAAAACCCCAGAAAGAGCAAAAAGAAGGAAAGGUCUGAAAUUGAAGAUGAAUUUGAGUCUGCUGUGUCGACUGAGGAGAUUAUGGAAGCUUUGGAAGCAAUGAAAUCUGCUUUUGGCAACAAUGAUGUACAGCUUGGAUGGGCUUAUUUGAAAGUGGGUCUUCAUUUGGAUCGAGAAGGUGAGAAUCCUGAAAAAACCUUAGAAUUUGCUAAUAAGGCUUUGGAUGUGUUUGAUAGAAAUAAUAAAGUGUCUUUAUCAGUUGCAAUGACUUUACAGUUAAUGGGUUCUGCUUGUUAUAGUUUGAAAAGGUUUAAUGAUAGUUUGGGGUAUUUGAAUAGAGCUAAUAGGAUAUUGAGUAGGUUAGAAUUAGAGGGUACUGUUAAUGAAAGUGAUGUUGGACCUGUAAUGCAUGCUGUUCAGAUGGAGUUAGCGAAUGUAAAAACUGCGUUGGGUAGAAGGGAAGAGGCUUUGGUUAAUUUGAAGAGAUGUUUGGAGUUAAAGCAGUAUGUUCUUGAGCCAGAUAGUAGGGAAAUGGGUGUCGCAAAUAGAGAAUUGGCUGAAGCUUAUGUUGCUGUUUUGAAUUUUAAAGAGGGGUUACCGUAUUGCUUAAAGGCGUUACAAAUUCAUGAAAAACAAUUAGGGGAUGAUUCUGUUGAAGUAGCCAGGGAUCGGCGUCUUCUUGGUGUUGUUUAUACGGGAUUGGAAGAACACGAAAAGGCUUUAGAGCAAAAUGAACUCUCUCAAAAGCUUUUGAAGAAAUGGGGGCUUGAGUCAGAGCUGCUUCGAGCAGAAGUCGAUGCUGCUAAUAUACAAAUUGCAUUGGGGAAGUAUGACGAGGCAGUUUCCACUUUGGGGGGUGUUGUGCGACAGACAGAGAAAGAUAGCAAGACUCGAGCUUUCGUUUUCAUAUCAAUGGCAAAUGCUUUGUGCAGUCAAGAGAAAUAUGAAGAUUCAAAGAGAUGUUUAGAGAUAUCUUCUGGUAUUCUUGGCAAGAAAGAAUCUGAAGCUCCUGUGGAAGUUGCAGAAGCUUACACAGAGAUGGCUAUGCUUUAUGAGACUAUGAACGAGCUUGAAGCUGCUAUCUCAUUAUUGAAGAAAUCAUUGGCUAUAUUAGAGACCGUCCCUCAAGAACUUCAUUCUGAAGGUAGUGUCUCUGCUAGGUUAGGUUGGUUGCUUUUACUGACCGGUAAGGUACCUCAAGCAAUUCCAUACUUGGAGAGUGCAGUUGAGAGGCUGAAGGAGAGUUUUGGGAGUAAGCAUUUCGGGGUUGGGUAUAUCUACAAUAAUUUGGGUGCUGCAUAUCUCGAGCUGGAUAGGCCUCAGUCAGCUGCACAGAUGUUUGCAUCAGCGAAAGAAGUCAUGGAUGUCUCACUUGGUCCACAUCAUGCAGAUUCGAUAGAUGCUUGUCAAAACCUUUCAAAAGCUUAUGGAACCAUGGGGAGCUAUACUCUUGCAUUAGAGUUCCAGCAGAGAGUAAUUGAUGCAUGGGAAAGCCAUGGACCCAGUGCGCAUGAUGAAAUCCAAGAAGCUCGUCAACUCCUUGAGCAAUUAAAGGAAAAGGCCCAAGGGUCAUCCUGUAAUGAUGAGGAUGAGGUUUCCCCCAGAAAGGCUUUACCUUUGCCUCGUAGCAGUGACUGUGCCUUAAACAGAAGGUAAAUAUCAUUGUCUUCGGAGCUGGCAAAGAAAAUGGCAAACUGCAUUAGGAUGGAGCCCAAGUAGUCAUAGGUUUCACUUAAAAGUCUUUUGCAUUUAGCUUCGUUCUAGCCUUCAUUUAGCUGUCUACUUCAAGGAUUGCUCUACCUCUUACUGUUGCAGCUGCACUUCAAUAUUUAUUGGUUUGAUAUGGUUAUGGCAUUCUUUACAGUUGUUGCAAAUGUGUAAGGACAUGGACAAAAAAGCUGUAGAGAAAUUGCUAACUGUCCCAUCUUAUA